GCGUGGCUGCCGCCGGAGUCCCCGGGCGGAGUCCCCGGGGCCGAGCGCCCUUGCUCUCGGGUGAUGGAGGCGCGGCCCGCGGGCGUGUGGAAGCGGCGGGAGGCCGGGAGCCGGGCGGGCCCGGAAGGUUGCGGAGAAGACGGCGGCUGCCGCGGACCCGGGGGAAAGGGAAGAGAGUACAAGGGUGGCAGUACAAACGAACGCAUGAAGCAGUACUCCGAAGAGUAGCCUGAAGGUUGACAGACACUGGAGUGCUUGUGAUGGGACGCAUCUCCUUGGAAGAGGAAAGAGCUUUGUAGCAGUCCGCUGUGUCGUGAACGGUGACAGGUCCUGCCUCCAGGCUUCUACAGGGCCCUCCCGGACCUGUGAUUCCUGGGUCUGUGUGUUGUAGCCUUCAGAGGCUGAGCGCGAGCCAGACGCAGCAAACCCCGGCCCUCCCGGGGCUCCCCCCGCCAAGGGAGGCCGUGCCAGCGGCCGCGCAGCAGCAGCCCCUGCAACUGCAGACCUCACUCAGAGGCGGCGGGCGGCGGGGCUUCUCGCUCCGGCAGCGGCGGCGGCGGCGACGGCGGUGGCGGCUUCCGGAGUCCCGCCGCCAAGAUGCUCAAAGUCACGGUGCCCUCGUGCUCCGCCUCGUCCUGCUCUUCGGUCACUGCCAGCGUGGCCCCGGGGGCCGGGAGCCUCGUCCCGGAUUACUGGAUCGAAGGUUCCAACAGGGAUGCCCUGAGCGAUUUCUUCGAGGUGGAGUCGGAGCUGGGACGGGGUGCUACCUCCAUUGUGUACAGAUGCAAACAGAAGGGGACCCAGAAGCCUUAUGCUCUCAAAGUGUUAAAGAAAACAGUGGACAAAAAAAUUGUGAGAACUGAGAUAGGAGUUCUUCUUCGCCUCUCACAUCCAAACAUUAUAAAACUUAAAGAGAUAUUUGAAACCCCUACAGAAAUCAGUCUGGUCCUAGAACUGGUCACGGGAGGAGAACUAUUUGACAGGAUUGUGGAGAAGGGAUAUUAUAGUGAACGAGAUGCUGCAGAUGCUGUUAAACAAAUCCUGGAGGCAGUUGCCUACCUACAUGAAAAUGGGAUUGUCCAUCGUGAUCUCAAACCAGAGAAUCUUCUCUAUGCAACUCCAGCCCCAGAUGCACCACUAAAAAUCGCUGAUUUUGGACUCUCUAAGAUUGUGGAACAUCAAGUACUCAUGAAGACAGUGUGUGGAACCCCAGGCUACUGCGCACCCGAAAUCCUUAGAGGCUGUGCCUACGGACCUGAGGUGGACAUGUGGUCCGUGGGAAUAAUCACCUACAUCUUACUCUGUGGAUUUGAACCAUUUUACGAUGAAAGAGGUGAUCAGUUCAUGUUCAGGAGAAUUCUGAAUUGCGAAUACUACUUUAUCUCCCCCUGGUGGGAUGAAGUGUCCCUAAAUGCCAAGGACCUGGUCAGAAAAUUAAUUGUUUUGGAUCCUAAGAAACGGCUGACCACCUUCCAAGCUCUCCAGCACCCAUGGGUCACAGGCAAAGCAGCCAACUUUGUGCACAUGGAUACAGCCCAAAAGAAGCUCCAGGAAUUCAAUGCCCGGCGCAAACUUAAGGCGGCAGUGAAGGCCGUGGUGGCCUCUUCCCGGCUGGGAAGCGCCAGCAGCAGCCACGGCAGCAUCCAGGAGAGCCAGAAGGCCAGCCAGGAGCCAUCUCCCACCCAGGAUGGCAGUGAAAAUGUUAAAGCUAUUUCGGAAGGAGAGAAAGUUCAAGGAGGUGGGGCCCACGUGGCAGUCGAGGGGGCAGAGGCUGAGCUGAUGAAGGUACAGGCCGCAGGGAACGUUGAAGAUGCUGAUGGAAAUGCUGCCAAGGCCACCAACAUGGUGCCCAAAGCACUAGAGGAUGAGAUGAAGGUGGCUGACGCAGAAAUAGAGGAGGGCUUAGUGGAGGAGAAGCUGAAGAGCGUGGAGGGAGCAGCGGCCCCCAAAGAAGGGCAAGAAAACCCAGCUCUGGGAUUUGGAGCUCCGCAGAAUGAUGUGAUCCUGCCAGAGUACUGAUGUGGCUUCUUUCCGAUCUGGAAGCCAAAUUCUGGCACUUUAUGCAUUUUGUCCUUCAGCAAGGAAGGUGUGGAAGCAUGAGAAGCACUAUAGUGAUUCUGUUUUUUGAGGUGCAGAAAAAAAAUACAUUAUCUAUCAGUUGGUAAUCCUAAUUUCAUGCAUGUGAUUGCUUUAUGAAAAAAUAGUGUCUUGUAUGGUAUGUAAUGGAUACCUCAUGCCGAGGAGUUAAAUUUGAAAUUGCAAGUAAGUGCAAUGUAACUUUUAAAUACAUACAUGUUCAGGGACCAGUAGCACAGAUUGAAGUAACUAGUAACAAAUUGUUUUUGCUUUGAAAACCUAGUCAUCAUACAUCCUUUGGAUUUCUUAAGGCAGUGAUUCCUUUGCACUCUGGCUCAGCUAAUGUUGAGUAGGCUGGAAGACAUGUUCGCAGGCAUUCGCAACACCGUACUUGUCCAUGUGCUCACACUGUCCGAUGUGCCCAAACUGUUUACAAGGACAUGGUCACAGGCUAUAGUUUUAUGAUACAUACAAAAAAAAAAAAAAUCCCACAUAUAAUGGUAAGAUGUUGAAGCAUACUUAAAGGCCAUGAAACAAAAUGCCCUUAAAGCUUGUCUGGCUAAUGCUUCCUUAUUUUGUCCUUAUUUAUACACACAAUAUUACUAAUAACCAAAAAUGUUCUACACAAAAUCCUGCCAUCUUACAGUCCCGGAGAAAGUAUUUUACCAACUUCUGCUGAGGGAGGUACUCCUUCCUUCCCCGCUAAUACAGUUUCUUUCUCACCGACAACACUUAAGGUAGGCUAACACAGUCAAGGGAAGAAAAGGACCUAAGGCCUGGUCUUACACUAACAAAGGUUGACUGCUUCUCAUUUUCAGAUAAAAUUGGAUUUCUUUAUAAGUUUGUACAACUUUAAAGACCGUGACAUUUUUGUGGAUAAACUCUACAGUUAGCCAAGUUUCAAAUAUUUAGAAAAAUCUACCCCACACGCUGGUGCCAAAAUGUCUGAGUGAGAAUAAUAUUCCAUAUAAGAUCAUUCAUUAUUGGCUUUACUAGAUUAAGGAAACUUUUGUUUAUGAAAGCCCUUUUUUCCUUCAAUUGAUGGUUAUCUCGAUCUAUUGCUUAUGAACUAAAGAUAUUUCUGAAAAUCUGGUAUAUCUUUUUUUCAUACUUGGAAUAGAAGUGCCCAAACUUUUCAAUGUAGUCUUUAGCUUCCAUGCCAAGAAAUUUAGGACAGUGCAACGUUUUAUUUACCUUAAAAAAAGAAAAGAAAAGAAAGCACUGAUUUCAAAUCAGACUCAUGAGAAGCUGUAACAUUAGAACUAAUACUUCACUAUAAUUUUUUUCAAAGUAUUUUUCUUUGGUUUUCAUAUGAACACCUUUUCUUUAUAGAAAUCACACUUAAAUUCCAAGUACGUCAUAUUUAUUUCUAGUUUGAGUUGAACAUUUUUAUCAAAUUAUGUAUCACAUUUUAGGUUUCCUCAGUUUUAAAAGACUAUUCUCAAAGACCAAAAGGAUGGACAGUAAAAAUGACUGUCACAUACAAAUCCUCAUCAAAAAAAGAUCUUAAAUUCUUUUAGCUCUUCCUCAAAACUAUGAAAUUGGAAAACGACAUUAAACCUCCAGUUCCUGAGGGCUACUGGACCUUGGGAGACAGUCUACUUUCCAAGCACAAAUCUUCCUCUACUACGAUUCCAGAGAAGAAAACAAGGUAGGACUUCUCCUUGUCCGUAGUUUAGAGGCCUGAGGAGUCAGUCACCGAUGUGGACAGAGGAAACCGCCCUGAAGGGCACAUCACCUGGCUCAGAAGAAAAUUUUUUGUUUUGACUUCUUUUGAUGAGCUAGUAGAGAGUACUUACCUCUUCUCCCUUUCUUUCCUUCCCUCUUUAUCCUCUCUCAGAAUUUCCAUGUUAGGAUUUGUAAAGGGCUCGCUAUUUUUAACCUUUAGGAUUGCCUUUUUCACUAAAGCAUUAACAUUUCCAUGUGAGAAGGUCAGUUGCCUGGUGUACUUUUCCUAAUGAGACUCAACAGGCAUACAGGGCAAGUGCCCCACGUAUUGGAAAAGGAAAGAAGAGGGGGAAGUGGGUCUGACUAGAAGUGCUAUUAGCUGGCAGAUGAGGGUGCGCUGCCCCUCAGGGCACCCCCCAUGCCCCGCACACCCCUCCCCAUUCCCAGGGCAGACGGCGGCCAGCCUGUCCUGCCUUCACUGGGGCCUGACCUGCGCGGCUGGACGCCCUGUAGCAGAAGAUGCAAUAGCAGCCCUGCCAGUGCCGGGGCCAACAUGUGGUUAGGAAUGUACCCACUUAAAUGAGUGCACAUGCCUCUCCCUCGGUGGUAGUUGAGCGACGGAGGGUAACCUCCUCUCUCUGUGUUUUUACCCUGUAAAUUGUACUUUCUAAAACUCAAUGAGACUUUUAAAUUUUAACUUGUAUGUUAAAGAGUAAGUCCUGAUAAUGCCUAAAUAGUGACCAACUUUGUCAUUUCGAUGGAAAACAAGUCUGACUUUCACAAAAAUUGGGUCAUUUCAGCCAAGUGAUUCAAUCUACGAUUUCACAGAAAUACAGCCUUAGUUAGGAUCAUUAGGUUAACAUUUUUGAAAGAAGAGCAAACAUUUAUCUUGCUUCUUAAAAUGAGAUGUUACCUAUCUCUGAGAUUAUUUAGCUAAAUAAUGGUAGCCUAUUGCAGAUAGAGCCUUAAUUUGACAAACUGUUGUAUAAUGUUACCUUUAAAUAAGACAAUAUAGUCACAGAGCAAAAAACAUUAAGGAUAUUUCAACACAGAACAAUAAAUUAUGUUUUGCAUUUUAGAGCUGACAGUUGUUACAUUAUUGAUUUUUGUUUUUCAGAUAAGUUCAGAUACAAAGCAUAAACUAGACUAUUUUACCAUGAAGAUAGACAAUCUUUAAUUAUUUCACCAUUUUAAAAAGUCUAAUUGGAAUCCCAGUGCUUUUUUUUUUCAGAAUAUAAGUGCUCAUUUGUCCCACAAAUACAUAAAUAAGGUAGAAAUUAGAAUAAUACGAUUGUAGAAGUUAUCGUCUAGAACAAAUGCUGUUGUUCCAAUGUAUAAUCAGUAUGAAAACUUAAUGAGAUAUUUUGAAUUUUUUAUUUUUAUAUCAAGUUCUCAAAAUCAGGAGUACAUGUUACACCUUCAGUACAUCAAGUGCUCAAUGGCCACAUGUGACUAGUUGCUAAUGUAUUGGAACAAAACUAAGUCCUUCUAAAGCAAAAUGGCACGUGGAUUUCUGUGCUUGGAUUUGAGCUGCCUCAGUUUCCCACAUGGAUGAGCUGGUAGGAGGCCAAAAAGAAAAUAUUUCCGAAGUGUCAUAGACUGAAAUAAGUUAAAACUCUUGGCCAUAUCUGCUUAAUCAUGUGCUUCAAAGGGAUGUUUCCCAACAUGACUUAGAGAACAAUGCUUUCCUGUGCAUUGCAAACUUGUCUGUUGGCUGCAGUCCCUUGAUUCCCUCGUUGGGCCCUGGAGUCUCCGGAGUACUCCCAAAAGUCAAUAGUAUUCUUGUGUAUGAAAAUUUACUGUGUGCAGACGGUGGGCCCCCAUUCUUCAGGAGGGACUGCACAUAAAAUGUUAAUGGGAUUUUGUAGGGUUGGACUAAUCUGGGCAUCAUUUUCUUACAGGCUUUCUUUCUACAAAUCUACUGAAACGUACUAAAUUUGCAUGAUGAAGAUUAUAUGAUGAGGAGAGGAUAUUCUCAGUAACACCCGAAAUGGGGAUGACCACUGGCUGGCAUUUUUUAGGUUUCCUUAGAACGAUUUAAUCAACACUGCCAUUAUACAUGGAUUCAAAAGACUUAGAAUUUUCUUACAUACUGCUACUUUAGAAUAAUCCUCAAGGUUCUAUAGCCAUUUUUAGUGGCAAACUUGAAAAAGAAAGGAAUAGUUUGCCUUUUACUGUGACCUCAAUUACAUAGUAUUUUAAACAUUUUGUAAUUUAGAAUGUCUAGCAACCCCUAUUUCCAGUUUCAUAUGCAAGGUAACUGCUGGUGGGCUGCCUACAGACCGAAGAUUUAGAGAGAGCCAUUUUGUUUCAUAAUUCAGUUUUUAUUUCACAGAAGCAUCUGGUUGCAUUUCAAAAUGGAAAAAAAGAACUAAAGCCAGAAAAGGCAAAGAAUAAAAUUAGUAAACCAUUUAUUCAGUUUUAGGAUUGUUCUUGCAAAGCAAAUGAAAAAAGAAAAGUCAACGAAGUGAAUCAGCAUUCGAUUUUUCUGGAUGAAGGUUGACUCCACAUAAAAUUGAAAUAAAUAUACUGAGCAGAGUCAUUUACAUAACUACAACGCCAUUAUGUAAUUUGCUUGUCAUUGCGGAGUAUUCAGUCUGGUUAUGCAGGCCUGCUUUAGGUGGUGCAAAGUUUCCAGACAUUUGCCUACAUAAUAGGGUUUGUAAUAUCCUUGCAAUUACUGUCUAUUAGGUCAUAUUCCAAUUUCCUUAAUGUUCAUCAUGGAUAUGUUCCUGAUUAGGGUCGUAAAUUGGAGCAUUUACUGGUUACAUACUGCCUAUCGACCAGAUUCUGUGUAUGUCAUCCAUGUUUUUUAAAACAUUUAUGUGCAUGUAAACACAAUGUUGGUGUAAUGAUAUUCAUAACCAUGUGAUAAGCAGAAAUGUACCCAAUAAUUUUCUAUGUUUUUUUCAAAGUCCUUUUCUUCCCCUGGCACAACUCAGGGUGAGUUUCUGGCUCCUUGACGAAUAUGAGAGAAAAAAAAAAGCCACUGGAGAGAGAUCAGCUACCCACCAUGGUUACCAAGUUGAGCAUUUCCUCUUUCUACAUUCCGAUCUACUACGGGCCAGUUUUUGUCAUUAUUCAUCCUUUCCGCUAUCACCUGAGAUCAGAUAAUACAGUCUCAGCGCACAGAGCCCAACCAUUUAUACACUUCUCUCGGAGAGCAAUAACAAACUUGACUAAUUCACGUUGGCUUGUUUAAAAUUCCCAUUUUCAUAAAAGCUUGUGAAAUACUCCAAAGGAUUUGAUUGCAUGAUUUUAACUUCCUUCAAGCCUCAGUCAUUUCCCCUGUCAUCUGGCCCAGACGUCCACCUAGAGCUAGAUGGAAGCCUUGAAUGAGAGCGGCCCAUCGGACUCCUUUGCGGGAAUCAGACUUCGCUCGCAAGACUCCAGGUGUCUGACCUGGUUGAGCUCAGAUGAGCCAAAUGGAAAGAAGCCCCUUCCCCUGCUGACUGAAAGUGAUGCUGUGUGAAUGCUGGGAUUCCUGCUAUUAUUCAGCGAUGAGAAAAUGGGACUCCACCCGUCACUCUUUCCUGUGUCUUGGUUUGCUACUGCUUGGCCCAGAUCAAGGUUUUGUUCCAUCCUUCUGCCGUCAGGCUGCCCUCUAGCUUGAGAUCCUCUAGAACCCUGGAAGGAGCAUCCUGGACUUGUUGGAGGACUGUGGGGCCUGUGGUGGCCCAGAAUCUAGUUUGAAACUCUAAACAGCAAUGCUAAGACUGUAAAAUCAUGCUUAUUCUUAAUAGUAGUUUUCAGCAUAUUUUGACGAUUGACCUGGAAAACCCAUGGAUAUGAAAUAGUUUGUAUCUGUGUGAUCCUUGCUAUGACUCAUUGUUAAAAAUGACAGAUAUUUAAUCUUCAGCCGGUUAAAAAUAAUACUACUUCUUUUCCACUUAAAAGAUUAUUUGGGGCACUCAGAUAUAAUAGGCUUCACAUUAGAGUUUUUGAAAGCUGCCCCCCCCCCCCCCAGUGGUCUCACUCUGACCAUCAGUUGUGGAUAAAAAUUGACUAGGUUGGUCCUUUCUUUGUCCUUUCCUUGAACCAUGCAUGGUUGUUCAUCUGGUCUGUAAAAGAUAAAAGUAUGACUAUAAAUUGGAAACUCCCUGCCUCCUGUUAACCUGACCUAUUUUAUCAGCUAUCAUGCUGCGACUCAUGGCAGCAUAGAGUACAAGUAGCGUAUUCAUGGGUUCAGAUUUUGUUUACAUUUUUAUCGUCAAGGUUACUGCUUAGGUUAGAAGUUCUGAACAAGGUGUUUCUCUUAGCACACCCUUGGUCUCAGUAUUAUGCUCACGGUCCUCCCGAAGCCAAGAAAAUUAUCAUGUCCAUUAAUUAAGUCGUUGGGCCCGAACAAUCAGUGUCCUAGUGCAUUCCAUAGCUGAUGGACGUUGCUGUGUUUCCCUUGAAAUCUUAAAAUGUCUUGUGAGUUCACUGAAUUCCUCAUGCCCGGUGAGCUAAGGGUGUCUGGCGAAAGGUAUUAUUGCUAGUACAUGAGUUAGAAGCUGUUUAUAUUUUCUUAAUUAUCUCUGGUGGUUAUGAUAUGCCUAUAAAACGUCUGUGUGCAUUUUUUAAAAAGUAAUUUCCACAUCAUCACCCAAGGAAAUAAAUUUCAAUCUCCAAAGAACCAUUUUCAGGAAUCAGGCCGACUGGGGUCCCCGACCAGGUCAGCAGGGGCCUGCUUUUCUAAAUAAAGUUUUUAUGAGAACACGA